UAGGGGAAUUGAACCUGGGUCUCCCAUUCCUGGGUGAAUGAGUUAACCACUGGGCUAAAAGUCAUAAGGGAGGUACCACCUUCUCUGCUAUUUCUUGCAAAAACAGUUUAGGCACCUGAGUCUAGGAGAGGGGUUCCGAGGUGUGGAGAGCUAGUGGAGAUAGGCUAGCACCUCCCUGCAACCCAGACUUGGGUGCCUAACUCUGUAUGAGGGGUGGGUUUAGGAUACACUCAUCUAGUUGGCAUCUCCCAUUGGCUAAUUUAGUUGGCUACCCACUAGCAUGCUUUUUUUAUGGAGCCCAUUCUCAGGCAUCUAUCUCUCCUCAUGCAUUGUAUAGGGAGAUUAGGUGCUUAAUUCAGGAUUUUGGGAUUCCAGUGACUUUCAAGGUAUCUAAAAAUUAGGUGUGCAGUCUAAAUCCCUCCUUGGAUCUAGGCCAUAGUUUUUAAACUCAUAUUCCCUUAGUUUUCAGAGUAGCAGCCGUAUUAGUCUGUAUCCGCAAAAAGAACAGGAGUACUUCUGGCACCUUAGAGACUAACAAAUUUAUUUGAGCAUAAGCUUUUGUGGACAUGCAUCCGAUGAAGUGGGCUGUAGCCCAUGAAAGCUUAUGCUCCUGUUCUUAUUCCCCUGGUGUACAUCAUUAAUUUUGAUUCUGAAUCCUCACACAAUAUGAUCAGAGGGGCUUUCCACAGGCAUCUGUGAAGAUGAUUAUGACCCUGGUUUUCUGAUGUCCACCUCAUAAGUUAUCCAUGCCUGUGUCACCUCAGGACUGGAUUACUGUAAUAUGCUUUACAUAGAGUUAUCCUUGUAGAUCACUUAGAAGCUGCAGCUGGUGCAAAAUGCAGAUGGCUGCUUAUUUACUUGAUGGUGUUGGCUAUGGAACACAUUAUACCAGGUCUAUAAGAUCUGCAUUGACUUUCUGUUCACUUCUGGGUGCAUUUAAAGAUGGGUUGGCCUGAUAUUCAUCUCUGUAAAGCCCUAUGGUUUAUCCUGUCCAUCUAAUAGACAGCCCCUUUUCCUCUGAUAGCUGACACCUAGGGCAUUUUUCCAGUCCCUGGGUUUGAAGGUAUGGGAGCUAGACACUCUCCGCUGAAGCGCCUCAACUUUGUCUCCUUGUUGGUCGGAGGGAGUCCAAGUUUAUUGACCUUCAGGAUACAGUGUAAGGUAGAUCUAUUUACUCAGACUUUAGUCCCGGAUUUGUAGACAGCUGCAUCCUGGGGAUGGGAGUCAGGUUGAUAUCUGUGGCUCAAGUCUAUAUUUUAUUUUAAUUUCCAUACAUGUGCCAAGGGACUGGCUGCCUGUUACAAAGGGGAGCCCCACAUAUGCUCACAAGACCAUGCUCCGUGCAGUAUGCAAGAAUCCGUUUCUUGGUGGUAACGCUCCUCCGGUAGCUGUGUAGGGAGGAGAGUCCAGUGGUUAAGCUGGGGAGGCGCGGGGAGGGGAGCCCCUUUCUCCCAUGGCUUCUGUCGCGGGGCUGGGAAUGCAGCCGGACCUCCCAGUGGUGCGUCUGGCUCUCUCUGGCAGAAAUGUUGUUGAAAAGGGAUUCAGGCGUUUUCUGUUGCCUGUAGCAACCUCCCCUUGUUCCAGAAGAGAAACACCACCAGCUCCAAACAGUCUGGGGCUGCUGGAGGAAAGGCCAGGGCGAGCACGGGGCACUAUCAGGGCUUCUUUGGCUCAGCAGCACCCCGGGCUCUCAGCACAGGGCAGAGGCAUUUACUGACCCAGAUACGGGAGGCUGGAAACUUUCCCCAAGCGCAGCCUUUUAAACGAGGGGAAGGGGAGGGCACGUUGGGCUCCCCUCCCCGCACCCAGCGAGGUACAGCCCUCUGGUGGUUUGUGUUGGGGCUUUAACCCCUGGCGCCGGGGAGGAGGCUGGUGAGCAGCCCGACACGGAUCGGCCUUCUCUUGUCUGGUCUCCUUUCGGCCAGGAUGGCUGCCCGCGGCGAGGUGCCCUCCAGCCGCCCGCAGGCUCCCAGCACCGCUUCGCCCCGGCUGCCGCCUGUGAUCCAGCACCCGCUCUCCCGGCUCGGCGACCCCGAGCGCCUGGCUCUGCGCGGGUACGCGCCGUGCGGACAGCAGCCUGCAGGGGGCAGCGGCGGCACCCGGGCCCCGCCGCAGCAGCCCCCUGAGCCGGAGCUGCUGCUGCCCCCCUUCCGCGGUGCGCGCUCCCUCCUGUCCCCACGGCAGCCGCAGGAGAACUCCGCCCGCGCGGACCCGGGCAAGCCCAAGCUCCCGCUAUUCGGCCAACGAGCCGACACUGGAAACCCAGCAGUAAGCAGAGCAAGUUUUGCUAGCAGCAGGACCAGUUUACUGUCUCAGCCUGGGACACAGCUCAGGAUUGAAGCUGAUGAGCUGGAGCACAUUUUGCGUGAAAAAAUGAGAUCUGGCAGCUAUUUUACUAUGAGACAACUGUUCAGAAACAAUGACCCUGAGGGCAAGGGGCAGGUCAAUAGAGAUGUGCUACUAAUGAUGCUGACCAAAUUUCUGGGAAGGUAUAUCAGCGUCAAGCAGUAUCAGCAACUUCUUCUAAGGCUUAAACUACAGGACAAAGCCAUUAUCAAGUUUGAAGAGUUGUAUGCAGCAAUUCGUGAUCCUGCUACUUCUGGGGCUCCAGCCUGGCUUGAUCCCAUCAACCACAGACUGGGGGACAGAAUCAUGAUGACUGCAUCACAGGUGCAUGCACAACUAAAAGAAAAAGCAAAACAAAGGUCCCUGGAUAUUGCUGAUCUGAUGCCCCAGAAGAACCCAGGUGAUGACAUCAGGAUUCUGAUGCCUGAGUUUAAGAACAUACUUAACAAACUAGGUUUUCACAUUGGAAAUGAGGAGUUUGAAAAGCUUUGGAGAAGGUAUGACACAGAAGGAACAGGAGUUCUGAAAGAAGAUAUACUACUUAAAAAACUAGGAGCUGAGCUCCAAAAUGGAUCUUCAAACAAUGCUAAAGUUUCUGGACAAAGCAGAGAAAUCUCGAAAGCAGAGUGGGAACGCAGAGCUUCACUUGACAUAGAAAGGUGGCUGAAAGAUAAAUUCAGAGAAGGAUUUAGAAACAUGAAAGAAGAAUUUGAAAAACAUGACCCACAAAAAACAGGCAAGGUGGGAAAAGAAUCCUUCUUGUCAAUCCUACAAAAAUUUGACAUGCAUCUCAAAAAGGAGCAUUUUAACCUUUUCCUGGCAAGAUGUGGUCUUGAAAACAGCCAAACUGGGAUCAAUUAUUUGGAUCUUUUAAGGAACUUCCAGGAUCGUAGUGACAGAGGGAUCACACACAAAAUUCUCUCUAAUUCCAAGCAUAAAUUUCAUCGUGAAGGGAGCAUCAGCCCAGCUUCCACUCUGACUGCAAUUGAAGCAAAGUUGGCAAAUUUGUUUCAAUCUGAUUUCCUUUCACUCUUGGCCACGUUCCAAAAAAUUGACAGGUUGGAGAGAGAGGUCAUUAGUCAGCAGGAGUUUCAAGCAGCAGUUGAGAGCCGGUUUGGCGUGGAGAUUACUGAUGAAGAGUUUGAGCUGCUACUUGACAGAAUCCCCCUUGAUGAAGAUGGAAAUGUCAGAUACCCCCAGUUCAUGGCCAUGUUUGAUUCUCGCAGAGGGUUGCCUAGUCUCUUUGACGAGAAAUCUGUAACAAAUUCUAUGUGUGAGCCUAACGAAGACAAAGAUGGGCAGAAACAGAAAGAAAAUAUCCCUAACCAGAAAGUGAAAUACACCUGUGGAAGAACUCCAAGGCAGCUGUUCAAGAUUAUUAAAAGCUUGCUAAAUAAACGCUACCAAGCAAUAGAGAAAGAGUUUGAAGAUUUAGAUGAAAUGAACUCCCGGCGCCUCACUCAGGAGACUAUGUACCUUCUCUUGAAGCGGUUUGACAUCCAACCUGAAAUAACUCGAGGUGAAAUCCGCAGGCUGUGGGAAACUUUAAUUACAAAUCAGGACAAUACCCUUGACUUCAUGGAGUUCGUGAGACACUUUGGAUACUCCCCCAGCUCUUUGUGUUUCCCCAAUGCCAAGAUUAGUCCACCCAGAAAAGGGGACAAUAACUUCAGGCUGUGUUCUAAAAAGCUCAGCUGUGAUUCUGACAUACUGGUGGACAGGGUGCGAGCAAAAGUGGAGUAUUUGUGGGAUGAUCUCAAGAAAGAGUUUGAAGAGCUAGACCCCUACCAUACAGGCUUUGUAAGCAAGGAGGAAUUUAAAGAUAUUUUAACUGAGCUCUGUGCGCAUCUUAAUGAAUAUGAAUGUGAAAUGCUGGGACAGAAAUUUGAAAGCAAUGGAGAUGGAUGGGUUUCAUACCUGGAGUUUCUGAAGCCCUUUGCUUUAAGUAGACAAAGAUGGAAGAACGGGAAUAACAUGGCUGCUGCAAUGCAGGCAUCUCAGGGUGAGACAGACCAAUCCCACAUAGGAACGCAGACUGCAGAGCUGGGUGGUCUGACAACUAGACUACGAAAAAAGUUACGAGGGGACUGGAAGACCCUUCGAAGAGCCUUUAAGAAGCUGGAUAUUGACAGCAGUGGCUACCUCUCUUUGCCAGAAUUCAGAUCUGUCCUGAAGCUCUGUAACCUUCUGCUAGAUGAGGAUGAGGUUUACCACAUUCUGUCUAAGUUUGAUCCCAACCUGGAUGGGCGAAUUGAUUACAAGUCCUUUUUGGAAGAAACUUGCAAAAAAGGGCAACCACGUACAGCCAAAAAAUCUCCUGCAAACCCGCAAUAAAAUAAUGUAGAAUAUUCUUGUGAGUAGAAGAGGAAGAAUGGUGUCUGCAUGCUCCCAGCUGUUUAUCCUUCCAGCUAAGUCAUUUGCUUCUUUUUGGAGUGUGGAUCUCUGCUGUGUGUCUUUUGGCUACUCAUGAGUUGCCCACUGUAUUACCAGUUGUUUUGUAGGGGGAUAAUAAAAACUGAGAGAGCAGAGAGUGAAGCUGAGUAUUAAACAAAUACUGUACUCUAUUUAAAACUUGAUUCAAGCUGUUACUAAGGAAACUAAUAUUCUGAAAAGCAGAGGCAAGGAUGCUGUUUAGAGAGAUGCUAAUUUUUAAUAAAAUAAAACUUUCAGUGAAGGUACCAGGUGGAUUUUUGCUGUUUAGGAUGCAAUGACAAUGAGUCCCUUUGAUUUCACUGGGAGUUGGAUCAGGUCCUUUGUAUGUGUUAACCAGAAUUUGGCCCUUAAUAUAAACAUACAUUUUCAUGCUUAGUUAUCUUUUCUUUUUUCUUACAAAUGUAUUUUCUCCAUAGAGUACAACAGGCAAAGGGCCCAAUUCUGCAGCAGCUCUGCACAUGACUUCACUGCACAUUCCAUGCUCAAAGCAGUUGUAUGUUUAGAUCCAUGUUAGUUAUCUGUUUAUUUUUGUAGUACAAAUACAUUUUCAUAAACAUGUAAGUGCAUAGUUGGUUUGGUUAAAUAAAUAUCUGAACUCACUUAAA